AUGGCGGUCACUUUGACCGAUGAGGUUGAGGAAACGCCAGCUCGGCGACGAAAUGCCCGUCAGCGCGCCCAAUUAUGGAUGACCAAAGGAGGCCUCGUUCGAGACGAUUCCGACGAUGAGCUGGGAGACGAGGAUCAUCCGUGGCAUUGGGUUUAUGAAACUGAAUUGGAAGAGAUCAAAAAUGAGGAAUCAGCGCCGGCUGCGGCAAACGAAUCUGAGGAAAAGUCGGCUCGCAAACGUUCAGCCCGGUCUUCGAGGCGUCAGCCUAAUAUCGUCGGAGCACGGAUGGGCACCUUCGAGUGCCGACUGGGUGAGAUUGUGCUGCUGAAAUCCCCAGAACCGGGCAAAGACUGGGUCGGCAUUAUUACAGAGUUCUUCGAGGAGGAAGGUGAUGAGAACGAGGAUGAGGUGGUCAAAUCGGUCAACAUCAUGUGGUUCGCCUCGCCGGAUGAGUUCAUGUCAACCAAGAACAAGCGACGAGCGGACGCCUUACCCAAUGAGCAAUAUCUUACGGCAGACUUCAAUGUGAAUCCCAUCAAUUCGAUCAGUGGCAAAGCCACUGUGAUGUCGACAGGCGCCUUUUACGCCAAGUAUCCGAACGGCACUCCCCCAAAGGGCAAGGAAGAAUUGGCCGAUUUUAACAAGUGCAUCAUCUGCCGCAGAGGUGUCAAUCAAGUCCAGGGUAGAUACACAGAUGAAUUCGUCUGGGAGGAAGUAUAUCGAAAGGAUAAAAUCUCCGAACUCAUCGCCUUAAUCAAGGAUGGGCUCAAAGCCGCGAAGAAACGGAAGCACGUUGAUGACGAUUACGUGGAAACCAAGGACGAUGAAGAGUUUGCGCCCACCACUCCUCGGAAAAGACAAAAGGUGGCUUCGAAUGCCACUCCGCAGUCGCGGCGCAAGAAAGCUCUGACUACCCCAUCACACAAGAGGAUCAUCGUCAAAAAGCCCCUUGAAUUCACGCCUCUAGGAACUCGGGUUCUCCCACCUUCUCACUUCGAUUCACCUUACCGCCAAGCACGUACUUUACUCCAUGUUUCGACCGUACCUACCUCGCUUCCUUGUCGAAAGACGGAAUUCGAUACCGUAUACAACCAUCUCAGUGCAGCGAUUAUGGAGGGAACCGGCACUUGUAUCUAUAUCUCAGGAACACCGGGAACCGGCAAGACAGCAACGGUGCGCGAGGUGGUUGCGCAAUUGAACUCUGCGGUCCUCGCAGAAGAGAUGGAUGACUUUAUAUUUGUUGAGAUAAACGGCAUGAAAGUGACGGAUCCGCAUCAAUCGUAUUCGUUGCUCUGGGAGGCGCUCAAAGGUGACCGCGUUUCACCCUCUCAUGCCCUGGAUCUACUCGAGAGAGAAUUCUCGCAUCCCUCGCCCAGACGAGUCUCCUGUGUUGUUCUCAUGGACGAACUGGAUCAGUUGGUCACCAAAAACCAGUCGGUGAUGUACAACUUCUUCAACUGGCCUGCCCUUCGCCAUUCCCGGCUCAUCGUCCUCGCUGUCGCAAACACUAUGGAUCUACCCGAGCGAACGUUGAGCAACAAAAUCUCCAGCCGUCUCGGCCUGACUCGUAUCACAUUCCCUGGCUACAAACACACAGACCUAAUGGAGAUCAUCACCACUCGCUUGGCGAGUGUCCCCGGGAAUAUCGUUGAUGCAGAUGCAAUCCAGUUCGCGAGCCGAAAAGUGGCUGCUGUCAGUGGUGAUGCUCGACGAGCAUUAGACAUAUGUCGACGGGCAGUGGAGAUAGCAGAACAAGCGCGUGAAGCUGCGAAGGUCGAGGACCUUGAUUCAGAGGAAAACGCAGAUGAUGCUGAGUCACUGCCUCCUACCCCUAGCAAAACCCCGGCCCGACGACAGAAAGCCAGCAUCAAGAAAAAUCUCAAGACGGAGUCCCCGCAGAAGAAUCCGAAACAGCUCGUAGGCCGAGUCACCAUCGCAACCAUCAAACAAGCCAUCCAAGAAGCAACCUCCACUCCACUCCAACAAUCCCUCCGGUGCCUCCCACUCUCCGCCAAACUUUUCCUCGCCGCUCUCCUGGCCCGCAUUCGCCGCACCGGCAUCUCAGAGUCCACAUUCGGCGACGUAAUCGACGAAGCGAAACGGAUCGCCGAUGCAGCCGUUGCCGUCGCCGGUGCCGCCGGCGCAGGCAUCAAGGAUUUCUUGCUCGCGGGCAAUAACGGGGCGCGCGUCAGAGCGCUCGGCUUCGCCGCCAUGGAACUUAUGAACUCGGGCGUGCUGGCGCUGGAGAAUGGCGCGGGGGCCAAGGGGCCGCUCGGCAGCUCUGCCAUUCCGCAUAGGGGCGACAGGAGCGGCAAAGUGCGACUACGGGUUGCAGCUGAAGAUGUGCGAGCUGCGUUUCGCGAGGAUGCUGAGGCGAAGGGGUUGGGGUUGGGGGUGGACCAAUAG